AUGUCAACUGAUAUUUCACCUUUAAAGUCAGAAGAAAUUCAAUUAUUUGAAUUAGCUCGUCUAUCGAAUAUAACAAUUGACGAACCUUCAAAUAUGAGUGAUACAUUUUAUGUAACACCUGCCGAUGAAAUUGAAAAACUCGAAGAUUGGAAAUAUCCAUUGGCAUUUCAAGCAGCUCAUCAUCAUGAAAAUCUGAAUGUUCCGGAGACAGUUGAAGUUGAAUGGCGACUGCGAGAUCGAAUGAAAACAGUUAGUGUUGCACUUGUUAUGUGUCUUCACAUAGGCGUUGACCCGCCCGAUGUAGUUAAAACAAAUCCAUGUUCAAAGCUUGAAUGUUGGAUUGAUCCAUUUUCAAUGACACCUCGUAGAGCUCUAGAAUCGAUCGCUGCUGAAUUACAACGCCAAUAUGAACGAUGGCAAUCGAAAGCUCGAUAUAAAUCAAGUCUUGACCCAACACAAGAUGACAUUAAAAAACUGUGCCUGACUUUACGGCGCAAUGCUAGAGAAGAGCGCAUUCUAUUUCAUUAUAAUGGCCAUGGUGUUCCACGACCGACAGCUAACGGAGAAAUUUGGGUAUUCAAUAAGAAUUUUACUCAAUACAUACCAUUAUCUUUAUAUGAUCUACAAAAAUGGAUGAGUUCACCUUCAAUUUUUGUUUUCGAUUGUUCACAUGCCGGUGUUGUUCUGAAUUUAUUUGUUAAAUUUGCUGAACAAAUUGAUAAAGAGCUUGACGACGCUCGAAAAAAUCUAGCGCAAACUCCUUUAAUCUCUUCUACUUCGACUCAUCCAGCAUCCCAGAUAAUACCACUUCUUCCUACAUCGUCACCUGUGCAAGAUAUUUUACUUGGCGCUUGUGGUGAAAAUGAACUUUUACCUAUGAAUGCAGAAUUACCAGCUGAUUUAUUUACAUCUUGUUUAACUACACCUAUUAAAAUUGCACUGCGUUGGUAUGUUUUACAGAAGAAUAUAAGCCGUCUUAAUCCAAAUAUUGAUCAAGAUAUGAUUGAUAAAAUACCUGGCACAGUCACUGAUCGAAAAUCAAUGUUAGGCGAAUUAAAUUGGAUAUUUACUGCUGUAACAGAUACCAUCGCUUGGAAUUCACUACCAAAAGAUACAUUUCAACGUUUAUUUCGACAAGAUCUAUUAGUUGCUUCACUCUUUCGAAAUUUUCUUCUCGCUGAAAGAAUUAUGCGGUCAUAUGGUUGCCAUGUUUGUUCAAGACCAGCACUACCACCUAUGUUCGAACAUCGAUUAUGGAAUGCAUGGGAUAUGGCUCUGGAUUUAUGUCUUAAACAAUUACCUUCAGUAUUAAAACAAACAGAUAGUGGUGUCCGUGAACCGGUUUAUGAGCCGAGCUCAUUUUUUGCCGAUCAAUUAACUGCAUUUUCAGUGUGGCUUGGUGAAAACUCUCUAUUAACAACAACAUUAGAAAGAGAACAUUUAAAACAACCCGAGCAACUACCUAUCGUUUUACAAGUUUUACUCAGUCAAUCACACCGACAAAGAGCACUCGAUUUACUUGCUCGUUUUCUUGAUAUUGGUACAUGGGCUGUUCAUCUUGCUCUCUCCGUUGGCAUAUUUCCAUAUGUACUCCGUUUAUUACAAGCAACAAGUGACGAUCUGCGGCCCUAUCUUGUUUUUAUUUGGGCAAAAAUAUUAGCUGUUGAUCGAGCUUGUCAAAUAGAUAUUAUACGUGAAAAAGGCCAUGAGUAUUUUAUUUCAACAUUAACUGAUGCUCGAUCAUCGAAUGGUGUUCGUGCAUUAGCUGCUUUCAAUUUAACUUGUUUAGUUGAUAAUUAUACUAGAGGACAGGACGAAUUAUUAUCAGUCAUGCCUCGUGUACUUGAUAUUUUAAAUACUCCUACUACAUUUCUUUAUGAAACAUCAGCUCUUUUUCUAUGGUGUACAUUAUUUCUCGGACAAGCCUGGCGUUUAAAUUGCAAUGCUUGCGAAAAAGCUGUUCUUAUUCGUGCACCAGAUACAUUACAAACACUACUCGCAACGCAUGAUUCUCCUGAAGUUCGUGCUGCUUGUGCCUAUGCUCUCGGCACUUAUUUAUCUUCGUCAGCGUCUGGUAUCGAAUUAAGCGAACGACGAAGUGAACAAUCCAAAGAAGUAGCAACUGUUCUUGUGCGUAGCCUCAACGAUGGCUCUCCGCUUGUUCGACAGGAAGUUCUCGUUGCUUUACAACAUUUUUUGAUUUUAUUUGCUCAAGCUCCUACUAGUGGAACGAACGUUGCAAGUAAUCCUAAUCGAGCUGGUAAUUUAUUAAAUAAAACUGUUUUUUAUAAAGUUACAGAAGCAAUACAAACUGUUGCUUCGUCUGAUCCAUCUCAUGAAAUGGUGCAAUUAGCUGAAGCAGUUCUUACACAUUCAUCAGAAACGUUGAACACAACAUUUUUUCAAUGGUGCUGUAGUCGAUUUCGUGAAUCAAAUACAAUAGUACGAGAUCUUGGAUCUGGCAUUGCACAACAAUGUGGUGCUUUAUAUUCUGAAGAUGAACUUGAUUGUUUUGCACGUAGUGGACGUUAUUGGCGUAAUCAUUGUAUACGUGCGAAUCCUAGUAAACUAGCUGAUUUUCAACAUAUGCGUGAGACGAUGUUCAAUAAUCGAGUAUCAAAUGCUAUUCCACUCGUUCUACGUCUUCAUCCAUAUGAAAAUUAUUUAACUGUGGCGAAUUCAAAUGGAAAUUUAAAUUUCUAUGAAUUCGAUGGAACUCCACGUUCAAAAACAACAUUAAAGGUCGGUGCAAUCGGUUCAAUAAUCGAUACAUUAGAUUUUAUUAAUGCACACGAUCGAACAUUAAUUUGUGUUGGUACUGAUACUGGUGCUAUUCGUAUAUUCGACGAAUCCACUCAACGUCUUAUUUCAUCAUGGAUAGCUUUAUACGAUCAUCAGACUCAACUUCAUCCAUCUCAUCAUCGUUCAGCGGCUAAGUCUACGGUGAACACAAGUAUUUCUACAGCACCAGUAAAAUUUAGUGUCGAUUGGAAUCAACAACUAUGCCGGAUAUAUGCAUCAAGUUCUAUUGUUGAUUACAUAGCAUUAUGGGACGUUGAACGUGAACGUUGUCUAUAUACAAUGGACACCGGUACAUCUGGUGGUGUUCAUUGUCUUCUAUCGGAUUCAAAUGGCUAUUGUGCAGCUGGCAUGGGUGACGGAACAGUCCGUUGCUUUGAUACACGCUCACGAGAAAGCGCCGUACAUAUAAUUCCACCGCCAACACCAUUAAAUCGUCAUUCUUCAAUAGUUACUCUGAAAUUUGAUGGAAACGAUCGUUUAAUAUCAAUAAGUAAUAUGGAACAAUUAAGGCGAUGGGAAUUAAGAACAGGCAUGAGUUCUGAAUUAGCUGUACCACAAACAUCACAACAUAUAUCAUCAGCUGAUGUUCAUCCAACAGGUAAAGUUUUAGCAUUAACGACAGCGAAUGCUUUACAAUUGAAAACAUGUUACGGUGACCUUCUCUUCGAUAUCAAACAUUCAAAAUUUGCUCAAGUAUCAUGCUUAUCAUUUCAUCAAUACCGACAGUUACUUGCUGUUGGAUUUAAAGAUGGUUCGUUAUCGAUGUUUACAGGAAAAACAAAUUCAUCAAGUCUAUGA